AAUCCGACUUAUGCAAGUCAACCCCAUGAAGUCCAAAGUCACCCGCUAAAUAGCCCUCAGUCGUAUCGAUGACGUGGCAACGUUGAAUUCCGUUUAAAAACAUAACGGAUGUCGAAACGACACCGUUUUGCUUCUGCUAAAAAACGACACUGGAAUUCUCUUAAAACUUAGGGUUCGAAAUUGGGAGAUUCAUUCUUAUUUUACAUCUUCUUCUUCAUCUCAAAUUGGGGGUCCGAAAUUGGGAGAUUGAUUCUUCUUUUCCAUUUCGAUCUUCUUCUUAAUCGAACAUGUCUGAUAGCUCAAGGUCAACCUCUAUGCCCAAUGGUAUUCUUGCGGAUCGAUGUCACGAUGAUGAAUUUGACUAUGGGAUUCCUACUCAUUGUUUUUGUGGUGGAAGAGCACAGCUUGAUACUCAAUCAACGAUGAACCCGGGAAGACGAUUCUACACAUGUCAAAAUUCCGAUGAUGGGGCACAUCACAUACGGAAAUGUUUUGAUGAGGCUGUGAUGCAGGAAUUUACUUACCUUCUCGGAGAAUUGCAUAAAAUGCAUGAGACGCUUCAAAGGCAUAAAGUCGAGAUUCUUCAUAUUUAUGAUCUCCAUGAUGAAAAUGUGAUGGAGUUUGCUAGGCUUAGGGAGAUGAUUGCAAAGAAAAGUGAUGGAAUAGCUUUGGAAUUGAAGAAUGUGCUUGUUGCAAUUUUUGUUUUGGUAGCAAUCAUAAUCUACUUGUUUAAGUAGAUUAUUACAAUGUUUAGAAAACUCUCUCUCUUUAGUAGUAUGCGGAUGAAGUUCUUUCACUUUUUGGUUGUCUUUGAAAGGAUUUUCAAUGUUCGUCACAAACAAUUGGUUUUGUAAUAUGGGGUUUGAAAUAUUUUGUCUAGUAA